AGAGCGCAGAGCCGAGCUUGAAACUGUCUGGAAACUUCCGAGGCGCCCGCGACUUUGCAGCUUCACCACCCCCGGGAACUUUUCUCUGCAGGAGGAGAAGGGAACGGGGUGCAAGCACCCCCGUGUUUGCUCUUCUGUCCUCCCCUCCUCCUCCUCCUCCUCCUCCUCUUCCUCCUCCUCUUCCUCUCCGAGUCGUCUGCCCCCGGCUUGCAGCGGGCGGCUGCUGCUGCUGCUGCUGCUGCUGCCAGCGGGCCACCCCGCGCGCUUUCCCCAAGCGCGUCGCCGCCACCGCCGCCGCCGCCGCCGUCGCUGUCGCCGCCGCCGCCGCCGCCGCCGGGGGACGCGCAAGCUCCCCGGGGGGCCGUUGGUUCCGUCGGGGCCGCCGAGGGGAGAGAGGAGCCCGCGCGCCGCCUCCCCCCCUCCAACCCCCCACCACCACCCCCCCCCCCAGCGCCACCGGCACCGAGGGCCGCCCACCGAGGGCUGCUCGCCUUUCCCGGCCACCCAGCCCCUGCCCCGGGCCCGCGCAUGAAUCUCCUGGACCCCUUCAUGAAGAUGACCGACGAGCAGGAGAAGGGCCUGUCCGGCGCCCCCAGCCCCACCAUGUCCGACGACUCGGCGGGCUCGCCGUGCCCCUCGGGCUCCGGCUCGGACACGGAGAACACGCGGCCGCAGGAGAACACGUUCCCCAAGGGCGAGCCCGACCUGAAGAAGGAGAGCGAGGAGGACAAGUUCCCCGUGUGCAUCCGCGAGGCGGUCAGCCAGGUGCUCAAGGGCUACGACUGGACGCUGGUGCCCAUGCCCGUGCGCGUCAACGGCUCCAGCAAGAACAAGCCGCACGUCAAGCGGCCCAUGAACGCCUUCAUGGUGUGGGCGCAGGCGGCGCGCAGGAAGCUGGCCGACCAGUACCCGCACCUGCACAACGCCGAGCUCAGCAAGACGCUGGGCAAACUCUGGAGGUUGCUGAACGAGAGCGAGAAGCGGCCGUUCGUGGAGGAGGCGGAGCGGCUGCGCGUGCAGCACAAGAAGGACCACCCGGAUUACAAGUACCAGCCGCGCCGGAGGAAGUCGGUGAAGAACGGGCAGGCGGAGGCCGAGGAGGCCGCGGAGCAGACGCACAUCUCCCCCAACGCCAUCUUCAAGGCGCUGCAGGCCGACUCGCCGCACUCCUCCUCGGGCAUGAGCGAGGUGCACUCCCCCGGCGAGCACUCGGGGCAAUCCCAGGGUCCCCCGACGCCGCCCACGACCCCCAAAACCGACGUGCAGCCGGGCAAGGCUGACCUGAAGCGCGAGGGGCGCCCCCUGCCGGAGGGGGGCCGCCAGCCCCCCAUCGACUUCCGCGACGUGGACAUCGGCGAGCUGAGCAGCGACGUCAUCUCCAACAUCGAGACGUUCGACGUGAACGAGUUCGACCAGUACCUGCCGCCCAAUGGGCACCCGGGGGUGCCCACCACGCACGGCGGCCAGGUGACCUACACGGGCAGCUACGGCAUCAGCAGCAGCGCGGCGGCGGCCACGCCCCCCGGCGCGGGGGGCCACGUGUGGCUGUCCAAGCAGCAGGCGCCGCCGCCGCCCCCGCAGCAGGCGCCGCCGCCCCCGCAGGCCGCGCCGCCGCCGCCGCCGCAGGGGCCCCCCCAGCCGCCGCAGGGGCCCCCCCAGGCGCCGCCGCCGCCGCCGGGGCCGCCGCAGGCGCCGCCGCCGCCGGGCCCGCCGGGGCCGCCCCCGCCGCAGGCCGCGCCGCCGCCGCCCGCGCCCCCCGCGCACACGCUCGCGCCGCUGAGCGCCGAGCCGGGCGCCGCGCAGCGCACGCACAUCAAGACGGAGCAGCUGAGCCCCAGCCACUACCCCGAGCAGCAGCACUCGCCGCAGCAGCUGGCCUACAGCCCCUUCAGCCUCCCGCACUACAGCCCCGCGUACCCGCCCCUGUCGCGCGCGCAGUACGACUACGCCGAGCACCAGAACUCCGCCUCCUACUACAGCCACGCGGCCGGCCAGGGCGCGGGCCUCUACCCCACCUUCACCUACAUGAACCCCGCGCAGCGGCCCAUGUACACGCCCAUCGCCGACACGUCGGGGGUCCCGUCCAUCCCGCAGACGCACAGCCCGCAGCACUGGGAACAGCCCGUCUACACUCAGCUCACCCGGCCGUGAGCAGGCGCCGCCGCCGCCGCCGCCGCCGCCGCCGCCCGCGCCCCGGGCGCGCGGGGUCGGGGCGCCGCCGGGGGGCUCCCCCCGCCACCCCCGCGCCCGAGCCCCCCCGCGAGAAGCCACCGCCGCCGCCGCCGCCGCCGCCGCCGCCGCGCCCAGCCCGAGAAGGCUUCCCUCUGGACAGUGGCCGGUCUCGGAAGCGAAAGGCAAUUUGCCUCCCCCCACCCGACCCGCCCGCCCCCGAGGUUCCCCCUGGAGAAGAGCCCCCCCCCACAUCCCAAACACACAACACACACCCCGCCCCCCCACCCGGCUGACCACACACGUGUGAUGACCACCCAGCUGCCGGAGCAGUGAUGGACCUGGCGGGUUUGGCCAGAAACGGGACUGGCUCCGCUUGCUUGGAGCUGGCGUGGACCAGGAGGAGGAGGAGGAGGAGGAGGAGGAGGAAGAGGAGAAGGUGGAGGAAGAGGAGGAGGAGAAAGGAGGAGAGAGAGGAGGAGGAGGAGAAGGAGGAGGAGGAGGAAGAAGCAUGAGACCGACUUGCUCAAUUUCUCUGCCUGUUUGGACUUUGUAAUUAUUUUUUAGCAGUAAUUAAAGAAAAAAAAGAGUCCUCUGUGAGGAAUAUUCUCUAUUUUAAAUAUUUUUAGUAUGUACUGUGUAUGAUUCAUUACCAUUUUGAGGGGAUUUCUACAUAUUUUUAGAUAAAAAAAAAUCAAAUGCUCUUAUUUUCCAACAGCUAAACUACUUAGUUGAACAGUGUGCCCUAGAAUUGCGCCCAGAGUAUUUUUGUACAGAUUUGCUUUCUCUUACCACACACACACACACACACACACACACACACACACACACACACACACACACACACACACACACACACACAAGUGUGACUUCUUGUAUUAACCUGAAAACAAAAACAAAACACAAAUCUGUGUUACGUGAUCAGUUGGGGGGGGGGGGCGGGAGCUCUGCUUAAGUCCUCCAGCUCCUUCCAAUUCCAGGAGGAACUGCCUUAGAAAGAAGAAGGCCUUAAUUUGCAAACAUGGAAGGAAGUACUAGCCUCGAGUUGCAUUGGGGAAGCUUUAUCAUAUAUAUUUUUCUAAAACAAGAGAAUCCCACCUUGAGCCUUAAAACAGUGAUGCUGGGGAAAAUAUUGGCGCUCUGCGCUAGCGCCUGCGCCCUCCGACCCCCGCCCCACACCCGUCUUGCACGGGCCUGUUCGACCUUGGAAGCAAAAAGGCUAGCAAAAGAAGAGGGGAGAGGAAGUCCAGGAAAAUGUCAGCAGCUGCGACAGCGCCCGGCACACUGCCCCCUGCUCGCCUCCCGGGGCGCAUGUGGGAACCAGAUGCUAGAGACCCUUCGGAUUCACCUGUGCCUCUCUCUCCACGCCAGCAGCCAGCUCACCUUCAAAACAUUCCAUGCGCUGAGAUUAUUUAUUUUGUAAGGAGAGGUUUGAAUCUUCUUUAAAAAAAAAAAAAAUCUCCCUUUUUAAAAAACAAAA